AUGGAUAUUGAGAGGCAUGACAAGAUCCUGAACAUUGUUCAAGAGAAUGUGGAGGAAGUUCAGGAGAGAACCAGAAAAAGGCUGCGGUCAAAACUACCUGAGCAAAACCUUCAGGUGGGGGACGUAGUUUUGAGAAGGAACAUCCGCAGCCAGCAACAGAAAGGAGGGAAGCUGGACCCAGAAUUCCUAGGUCCUUUCACAGUCAGCAAAAUAGAUGGGAAAAGCAUUGAUCUUGUUGUUUCUAAUGGAAAGUCCAUCUGGAAAUCUGCUGUCACCUCCACUCCACCAACCACUUUCACCUCUGGUCAACCUACUGUCACCUCCACUCCACCAGCCACAGUCACUUCUGUCCAACAUGCGGUCACCUCCAUUCCAUCUGCUGUCAUCUCCUCUCCAACAGCCACUGUCAACCCAAUACGACCUGCUGUUGCCUCCUCUCCACCUGCUGUCACUUCUGCACCUGGUGGAAUCUCUUCUCCACCUGCUGGCAUCCCCUUUGCUCCAACAGCCCUCGCCUUUUCAGGAAAAUAUUUGAAAGACGCCUGGGCGGGGAAAAAUGUUCAUGUCCUUCUAUCUAAAAUGGGUCCUUAUAAAAUGUUUUAUUGGGACAUUGCAAAGCUAGCACCAAAUCAACAGCUUAAGGUGAUCAAUGCCUACCUGAUGCACAUUGUUAAAAAGAGUAAUCAGCAGCAAAGAAGCAAACAGGCACUAUGCAUCGAUUCCUUUGAGAUGUCUAAUAUAUGGCAGGGGAAAACCACAAAACUGAAGUAUGCUGAGAAAAUUCUGUCAGGGGAGCCUCUGACUUUUUCCAGUUCAGCAUCGGCAGUUUUGAAAUACAGACAAGAGGUGGCAAUGACACUGAUUGAAGAAACAGAUGAUCUCAAAGAGCUAUGCCACUACUGCGGAGAAAGAAACAAUGGGAAAAGCAAACGUGGGAAAAGGAGGAAAAGACAAGAAUGCUCUACUGUCUGGAUCCAGUGUGACAACUGCACACGGUGGUACCACAUAACGUGUGUUGCAAAUCCUAACCUAAAGGAGCCGUACAGCUGCCUUGCAUGUGAACAAGGAUAAGGACAGUAUUAUUUCGAAGCACACUUUAAAUGUGGCAAAGGGCUCACUCCCUCAACCGGGUGUAAAAAAGAUCAACACAAUUCUUGAUAUCUGUACAGAAAAUUUGUUAAAUGUGUCUCACUGUAAUGUUUUUGUUUUGCUCUUUGCUGUCCUCGUAUGGUUUUAGAUUUAUUUCUCGUUUUUUGUUACAUUUGAAUGAUUCUUUUAUAUUCUUUCAGUUUUUUUCUUUCAGCAGAUUAUAGACCUAGUCAUAAAAUUUGGCAGGUUACUGAAUAACAGGGUUCCAUUAAGCAGACUGUGCACAUCCCAAAGUCAAGUCAUUUUAACCCACAAAUCAUGGCAUUUUUCUUCCUUUCCAUCAAGAAAAGAUGUGUCAUUGAGUUGUGGUGUUAGUGAGUGUGGCACUUACUCUAUUGGUCGGUCUGUUUAUGAUAAAAAGGGUUGUUACGAUAUUUUAAUUUGAUGAUUACGCUAUUGGCUGUAGUAGAUGUAAAAUAUGUUAAAAUAAGAACAGAGUGGACCCAAUGUGGUCAAAAACACUUGAGAUUUUCCCUCCCGGCAGUUACUUUCUUAUUGAGUUGAGUUCAUUGUGUUCUCCCUGAAAACAUUGAGUUUAUUUAUUUCACCGUUUUAUGCCUUUAAUGCUGCGUUAUCUUCCUUCGAAUGUCACCUGUAUGUAAAGGAAGUAGAAUGUAACAUUGCUUCUGAAAAUGUACCUUACUUUUGUUCCCUUUUUGAUUUGUGAUGAUAGCAAUGAUAAUGCGUAAGACCACUUGUGCUGGAACAUUUCUGUUUGUUCUUUUGUACUGAGGUAAUGAGGGUUCAAUGUGCAAUGUGUUUCAUGCUGUAUAUACAGACCGUUAAAGGUCCCUGACUGCACAUUUUCAAGGAAAGGUUAUGUAAAUAUUUUUUGUUUCCUUGUUUUAAAAAACUGAGUGGUUUUAAUGAAUAUAGUUUAAGCUGUGAUCAGACUUUGGGAGGCAUUGCGUUCCAUGUUGUAGGUGCAGGUGCUUGAUUAUGCUACCUUACAGGACAGAAUUGCUUGGAGGGGAUUUGGAAAGCCAGAAUAAUUACCCACUAACAUUCAAAUAACCUUCCUCUGCCUACCACCUUCAUCCAGUCAUUUCACCCUACUGAACCCAUAACCCUUCCUCUCAAUAUUGUACUGUAAAUUUCUCAAAUGUCUGAUGGGUCAAGAUUUAGUCUCACUGGUGCACACUUGAAAGGGAAAAAAAUUAUUAGUUUUGUGAAUUGAUUUUUUUGUUAAAAGUUUAUUCUUCUUGUUUGUUAAAAAAGGAAUUAAUAUUCAUGUUUUAAUUAAAUGUUGGUUUCUAUUCUUUGGCUUAUUCAUAAUGGACACUGUGAUUUAUACCAUAAAAGUAAAUAAAAGUAAAUCAGUAUACUAAAUUAUUGUGUCACUAAUUUAGUGGAGAUGUAUGGGAGUAUUGUGAUGGCCCCCUUAUCAAUAUUUGUCUAUACACUCUAAUAAUUAGUUAUUUUUUAAAAGGAUGAUAAGUUAUUUGAAAAUAUUUGCUUGGUCUUUAAAUAUUUUUACAUACAUAUAUACAUACAUUAAUGUCAGAUUCUGUUUGCAACUGUCAGAAUUGGUGACCCCUAUGCCAAGGCCCAUCUGUCCACUCCAGUCAUAAAUGCUUUUCUUUGGCUGAAAAGGUGAAGGGAUGGUAAGUCACCUGAAAACAUUGGGUUUGAUUUUAAUUAGUUUGUAUAGAGAUGCAGAGCAGUCACAUAUUUUGACAGCAGCUAUCAGAAUUGGCGACCCCUAUGCCACGGCCAGUCUGUCCACUGUCAUGAAUACUCUUUUUGGCUGAAAGGUGAAAGUCACCUGAAAACAUUUGGUUGGAUUUUAACUAGUUUGAAAGUGCAUUGGUGUGCAGUAAUAAUCUCUAUGUUAAAUAGAGAUGGCAUAGAGUCACAUAUUCUGAUACCAGCUGUCAGAAUCUGUGACCCCCUAUUCUAAAGCAUUAUGGUAAAGUCCAGUAAUAAAUAUUUUGUGUAGCUGAAAAGGUAAAGGAAUGGUGAGAAAUUUGAGAGGGUUUGUCUGGUUUUACAUUAUUGUAUGUGGAGAUGGCAGAGGGUCACAUAUUCUGAUACCAGCUGUCAGAAUCUGUGACCCCUGUUCCAAAGCAUUAUGGUCAAGUCCAGUAAUAAAUGCUGUGUGUAGCUGAAAAUGUGAAGGAACAGUGAGUAAUCUGAGAAGAUUUGGUUGGUUUUAUACUCUUGUAUGUGGAGAUGGCAGAGGGUCACAUAUUCUGAUACCAGCUGUCAUAAUCCGUGACCCCCUAUGCCAAGGCUUACCUGUGAAUACCAUUCUUGAUUUUAUUUUGUAUCUGAAAAGGUGAAGGGAUAGUGAGUAAUCUGAGAAGAUUUGGUUGGUUUUACACUAUUUUAAAUGGAGAUGGAAUAGAGUCACAUAUUCUGAUACCAGCUGUCAGAAUCUGUGACCCCUGUUCCAAAGCAUUAUGGUCAAGUCCAGUAAUAAAUGCUGUGUGUAGCUGAAAAAAGUGAAGAAACAGUGAGUAAUCUGAGAAGAUUUGGUUAGUUUUAUACUAUUUUAAAUAGAGAGGGAAUAGGGUCACAUAUUCUGAUACCAGCUGUCAGAAAGAGUGACCCCCUAUGCCAAGGCUUACCUGUGAAUACCAUUCUUGAUUUUAUUUUGUAGCUGAAUAGGUGAAGGAAUGGUGAGUAAUCUGAGAAGAUUUGGUUAGUUUUAUACUAUUUUAAAUAGAGAUGGAAUAGGGUCACAUAUUCUGAUACCAGCUGUCAGAAUCUGUGACCCUUAAUAUAAAGCAUUAUGGUCAAGUCCAGUAAUAAAUGUUUUUGUAGCUGAAAAUGUGAAGGAAUGGUGAGUAAUCUGAGAAGAUCUGGUUAGUUUUACACUGUUUUAAAUGGAGAUGGAAUAGGGUCACAUA